AUGGGGCCCCAAAGCCUCCUCCUGUUGCCCUGGUGGAUCCUUGUCCUGCCCAACACUUCGGAGGGCUCCCACUCCCUGAGGUAUUUCUCCACCGCGAUGUCCCAGCCUGGCCCCGGGGAGCCCCGCUUCAUCGCCGUGGGCUCCGUGGACGACACAGAGUUUGUGCGGUUCGACAGCGACUCUCCGGCCCUAAGGGAGGAGCCGCGGGCACCCUGGGCGGUGCAUUUGGGUCCGGAGUACCACGACAGGAACACAGGGACCUACAAGGCCACCGCGCGGGCUCUCGGCGAGGGUCUGGACACCCUGCGCGGCUACUACAACCAGAGCGCGGCGGGCUCUCACACCCUCCAGGGGAUGUCUGGCUGCGACGACGUGGGGCCCGGCGGGCGCCUCCUCCGCGGGUACAGUCAGGUCGCCUACGACGGCGCCGAUUACCUGGCCCUGAACCGGGACCUGCGCUCCUGGACCGCGGCGGACACGGCCGCUCAGAUCACCCGGCGCAAGUGGGAGGCGGCUGGAGACACGGAGCGCCAGAGGGACUACCUGGAGGACUCGUGCGUGGAGUCCCUACGCAGAUACCUGGAGAGUGGCAAGGAGACACUGCAGUGCUUAGACGCCCCAAAAACAUACGUGACCCACCACCCCACCUCUGACCAUGAGGUCACCCUGAGGUGCUGGGCCCUGGGCUUCUACCCUGCGGACAUCACCCUGACCUGGCAGCGAGAUGGGGAGGACCUGACCCACGACAUGGAGCUGGUGGAGACCAGGCCUGGGGGGGACGGAAGCUUCCAGAAGUGGGUGGCUGUGGUGGUGCCUUCUGGAGCGGAGCAGAGAUACACGUGCCAUGUGCAGCAUGAGGGCCUGCUGGAGUCCCUCAUCCUGAGAUGGGUGCCCCCUCCUCAGUCCUCCAUCCCCACGGGGGGCAUCACUGCUGGCCUGGUUCUUGGAGUUGUGCUCACUGGAGCUGCGGUGGCUGCAGCUGUGAUGUGGAGAAAGAAGUGCCCAGGGGGAGAAAGAGGAAGCUAUACUCAGGUUGCAGGUGGAGAAGGAGAGAGUCAUACCAGGAUGCAGGUGGAGGAGGAGGGAGUUAUACCAGGCUGCUGGGGGAGGAGGGAGCGAUACCAGGCUUCAGGUGGAGAAGGGAGGACCUAUACCAGGCUGCAGGGGGAAAAGGAGGAAGCUCUACUCAGUCAGCAGUGGGAAAAGGAGGGAGCUCUACCAGGCUGCAGCGGGAGGAGGGAGCGAUACCAGGCUGCAGGUGGAGAAGGGAGGAUCUAUACCAGGCUGCAGUGGGAAAAGAAGGAAGCUCUACUCAGUCAGCAGUGGGAAAAGGAGGGAGCUCUACCAGGCUGCAGGGGGAGGAGGGAGCGAUACCAGGCUUCAGGUGGAGAAGGGAGGACCUAUACCAGGCUGCAGGGGGAAAAGGAGGAAGCUCUACUCAGUCAGCAGAUGUCUUCUUCCCAAAGGUGGAGAAGGAGGGAGUCAUACCAGGCUAGGUGGAGAAAGAGGAAGCUAUGCCAGGUUGCAGGGGGAGGAGGGAGCGAUACCAGGCUGCAGAUGGAGAAGGAGGGCGCUAUACCAGGCUGCAGGCAGAGAUGUGCCCAGGCUGUGAUGUGACUCUCAUAUGCCCUAAUGUGUGAAACAGCUGCCUUGUGCGGACUAAGUGAUGAAACAUUUAUUAUGUCCUGCUCUAUGACUUCCAAGAUCAUAUGUGUUCACUUUUUUGCAAAGAGCACGUGGAAGCAGGAAGUUUCCCAAGCCUGCUGCCUGGGGGAAGCUACUACUUGAUUCUGCUGCUUGCUGAAACUGAGAAGUUCCUGGGUGUACUGUACUACUCGUCCGUGGUGGUAGCCAUGACUACCUUGAACCCCUUCCAAAUAAAGAAUGCUUGUGCUAUGACGGACGGGAUGGCAAGUUUCCUCACACAAACUGCCGUUUUUAUUCUUGUGCGCUCAGCAUUUUGGGGAGCGAUCCCACUGAGUCUGCCAGUGUGGCAAUUAAAUGUCUCUCUCUCCACCUCUCUGAGUGCCUCUGAUUUCUCUGGGAAAUUGCUGUAACACUUGACUGUGUCUGUUUUCAUAUUGUCUAAUGUGAGGAGGUGGGAAGACUGGCCCAGCCCUGCCUUCCUAGACCCUUCACACCUCUGGCCUACACUCCAGCUCUUGUAUGUAUAAUUACAUAAAAUAUAUCUUUAACAAAAUAGUUUUGGAGAAUUACUAAUGAAGCCUCUGGUCCUGGACUUUUGUGUUUUGGAGGCUUUCAAGUUACUAUCUGAAUUUUCUUAUGGGGGCCUCCCUGGUGGCGCAAGGGGUUAAGCACAGCACUGUGAAGAUACUGCAGCCUCUGUGUCACUAGUUUGCUGCAUGGCGCAGCAGACCUCUCCUGUGUCACCUGCUGCUCCCCUCAGCAGUGUAUUUCAGUCAUUCUGUCUGUUCUGCUCCCUGCUUUGUCUCUGGUGAAUGCUUUCACCCCCCACCCCUGCACCUCUGGCCUGUACCCCAG